AUGGCCUGGGCGCGCGGGCUGCUCUGUCUGUGGCUGAGCUGCGUCUGCGUGAUCCUGGCGCGGACGGAGAGGCCGAGGCAACCGUUCCCGGAGCUCCGCAAAGCUGGGCCAGGGGACCGCGCGGCAGGUGGUGGCCCGGGCCCGGAGCUGCAGCCGCACGACAAGGUGUCCGAGCACAUGUUGCGGCUCUAUGACAGGUACAGCGGUGGCGGCAGGGUCCAGGCGCCACGGACGCCAGGCUCGCGGGAGCGGGGCUCGCAGCCCGCGCACCCCCAGCCCCUGCGCGAAGGCAACACUGUGCGCAGCUUCCGAGCGGGAGCAGCAGGAGCUGUUGAAAGCAAGGGACUACAUAUUUUUAAUCUGACUUCUCUAACCAAGUCUGAAAAUAUUUUAUCAGCCACACUGUAUUUCUAUUCUGGAGAGCUGGUAAACACCAGCCUGAGUUGUCCAGUGUCCCAGGGAUGCUCACACCAUGCCAAGAGGAAGCCUGUUCAGAUAGUUCUCUCUGCAUGGACUCUCAAAUCGGACAGGAACCAAAGUCAGCCCCUCGGUCAUCUCUCAGUGGACGUAGCCAAAUCUCACCGAGAUGUCACACCCUGGCUCUCUAAAGACAUCACUCAACUCUUGAGGAGGGCCAAGGAGAAGGAGGAGUUCCUCAUUGGAUUUAACAUCACCUCCAAAGCCCACCAGCUGCCAAAGAGGAUGUUACUCUCUCCAGAGCCUUAUAUCUUGGUGUAUGCCAAUGAUGCUGCCAUUUCUGAGCCAGAAAGUGUAGUAUCAAGCUUACAAGGACACCGCAAUUUCCCCACUGGUUCUGUGCCCAAGUUGGAUAGGCACAUCAGAGCUGCCCUUUCUGUUGAACGGAGGAAGAAGCGCUCUGCUGGGGUCUUGUUGCCUUUGCAGAACAAUGAGCUUCCUGGGGCAGAAUAUCAGUAUAAGGAGGAGGGUGUAUGGGAGGAGAGAAAGCCUUACAAGACUCUUCAGACCCAGCCCCCUGAGAAAAGUAAGAACAAAAAGAAACAGAGGAAGGGGCCCCAUCAGAAGAGCCAGACACUCCAGUUUGAUGAGCAGACUCUGAAGAAGGCAAGAAGAAAGCAAUGGCUUGAACCUCGGGACUGUGCCAGAAGAUACCUUAAGGUAGACUUCGCAGAUAUUGGCUGGAGUGAAUGGAUUAUCUCCCCCAAGUCCUUUGAUGCGUAUUACUGCUCUGGAGCAUGCCAGUUCCCCAUGCCAAAGUCUUUGAAACCAUCAAAUCAUGCUACCAUCCAGAGUAUAGUGAGAGCUGUGGGGGUCGUUCCCGGGAUUCCUGAGCCUUGCUGUGUCCCAGAAAAGAUGUCUUCACUCAGUAUCUUAUUCUUUGAUGAAAAUAAGAAUGUAGUGCUUAAAGUAUAUCCUAACAUGACAGUAGAGUCUUGUGCUUGCAGAUAACGUGACAAAGAACUCAGUCGAAUGCUUAAAUCAAUCCUUACUUUUAUGGAUUUGUUUUCUUUUUUGCACUGCCAAUGCAUUUUGUUCCAAAGGUUUUUUUAUAUAUAUAUACUCAAAAGAGAAUAAGCAAAUAGACUCAAGAGUUCCACAAAGAAGAACUGGACUGUAUUUGUUUCUGAAUGUAACUAAAAGCAAGAUGUUAGGAAACAUGAGUAUGAAUAUCAAUUUCUUUUUUUUUUAAAUCACAAGAAAAAUGAUCACUCCAAGUGUUUUUAGAACUGUUAGAAAAUUCACUGAUUUAUUUUUAUACUGGGCUUUGAAAAUAGAUUGGAGAAAUGACAAUAGUUUAUCACUUAUCUCUACUCAUCUAAUGACCAAAGGGAAAUAGAGACUCAUUUCAUAUUUUGAAGCAGGCUUAUUGCCUUUCUUUCCUGAGCAGCUCAGCAUGCGUUAAAUAGUUCUAUCAACUUUGGCAUUUAUCUUAAAAGUUUUUGAGACCCUGUUUUACUAUUGUUCUUCCACCACAAGUCAUUGUGUGGGUUGAGUGAAGAGUGUGUGCCAAAUGUUAGUGUAUUGGUUUGUGUGUACAUGAGCCAGCCUGUGCGCCCUGUAUGAAGGUUUGCUUAACAUGAUUGUGUAAUUCAGUCUACACAAGAGUCUUUGGGUUUUUUUUUUUUAAUUUUGUUUUCUGGCAAGCACCAUAAGAACUUUACCAAAAAUAAUCAAAUGAACCAAGAGCAUAUACAGAGAGUUACCACUUGACCCAAGCACUUGGUUGGAAAUAACGGUUGUUUUCAUUUUACCUCCUCACAGAAAAUGGUAAACAGCAGUCGAGUUUGUUGAAAACACAGAUGUAAUUCUUCUUCUUCUAUAAUUCUUUUGCAAAGGUACUUUCAUUUGUUCUGCUAAACUGAAUUUUAAAAAUCUGUCCUGAAACCAUCAAACACCUAGUUCUCUUGAUAUGCCUUUACUUCCUGUGAAAUUAUCAAUAGAUGUAGAGGUUCAAACCCGAUGGGAUGUUAAAGAACUCUUGACAUGAUCCCUCUGAACACAAUCACAUAUUGAAUGUUGGCCUUCAGCCACAUCCAAGUCCAGGCACUUUUUCACAUAGAUGAGGGCUUUGAGCUCAGUCAUGGAAUCUACAUUUUAGCAAAGCUCACUAAAUAUUAUCCACCAGGAAAGAGAAUCCAGUAUAGAUGCUUCUUUCCAUUUCUAUUUGCUAGCAAUAUCUCCUCUUGUACUCUGGCCUUUGAAAAUUAUUUCUAAAGUUUUUCACUCACUGUAUUUGUGAGACGUGUUUUCAGUCCUUAGGGUGUUGUUGGUGUUGUUAUAUCUUUGAGGUCAAUCUUACCUGAUGAUAGAAAGAGCUAAGCCACUCAGAGGCUGCCUAAUAUCAGAAGACCUGGAGGUUUUAUUUUGUCUCUGCCUGUAGCUAUCCUUGGUGGUUCAAUCACUUAAUAAAUAUUUAUUGAGCAAUUCUUCUGUGAAAGACACUGUGUCAACUGUGUGUCUUUAGGGCCCCUGCUAUCAAAAUGGAAGGGACUGGCCACUAGAACUAGAGGGCCCUUUGACCCUAAAAUGUUAGAUUUAUUAUAUCAGUUACUUCAUAUGCAUCUUCCUUGAAGAGAGAGAAACACUGCAAGAGCAUUCUACAUUUUUUGUGUGUGUUUGUAUAAAUAAAUAUGGCAUCCCUGGGGUCUAAAUGAUAUUUUAUUGGAAAUCCUUUAAAAGAUUACCAUGACAAGAAGCUAUUUGAUGCUUCAAGUGCACAAAUGUUGAUUGGGUGUUGUUGGUCCUGUGAAACAUGAAUCACGUUCUGGGGCCCAAGAUACCAUGGUUUCUUCUCAGUCAUUUUUUGUUCUGAUAACAAAAAGUUAAACAUCCAAAGUGUGGUAGAGAAUGAAAUUACUUCUUAAUAAUUUUUGUCAAAAAUUGAAGGGAAAAUUCUAUGAUAAAAGUGAGUCAGAAUGUGGCCAUCAUACCCUGGUUAUAAUUGUCUUUCAAUAUAGAAAAUUGAAUUUUCAUUGGUAGCUUUCAUGAAGUUCUUAAAUUUAGUUUUUUUGUAGAGAUGCAUGAAUCAAACCUUCCAGCAAUUCUGAGAAUCACUUCUCAGCCUUCUUAUAGUCAAAUGUCUGUUGGUUACCUUUCUUAAUUUAAAUAAAUUCUUUACUUAAUACAGAUUAAAUCAUAAUAGCUCCAAACCCUCUAAAUAAUAAAAAAAAACUCAAAAUACCAAGUGAUCACGAUUUUAUUUCAAGUAUCAGCAGCAAUUGACAUGAUAAAAUUACAACACAAUAAAAGCACUUGAAUAAUCUUUUUAGCAAUUAUUUCUUAGGAAAUAAUUUUGACCAGUUACUAUUUCUGAGUCACCUUCUAACUAAUCAACCUCUACUGAACUGAGGAUAAGUUCUAUUCCCAAAGAAUAAAGGAACACUACUUUUCAGUAGUGGAAGUUGAAGUAAAUGGAUGAACAUUUUAAUUAAUAAAGAUUUAUUUAAAAUAUAGAAAUUCAAGCAAGUGCCUGUUUCAUAUACUGUUUCUAAAUAAUCACUAGAUACACAUUUUAGAAAUCUCCUGAUGUCCAAUUAGCAUUGCUGAGAAGAAAAACCACAUCUAUAGAUGCUAUUCCCUAAAUCUUCCCCUUCCCUCCUCCCUUAUAUCCCCUCCCCCAGUUUCCUUACCCUAUUUCUCCAUUCAGAACACACACACACACACACAGGGUCAUUUUAAAAAUUUUUUACAUAACUUGGUCUUGAAUUCCAGUUCAGGGACAGCCAUUGUCUAUACCAUGUGUUCAAAACACUUUGUUGUAACUUGUGCAAAUAGUAUACAAUUUACAGGAUUUGGGAUCAUAGAACCUAAACUGGAAGAUUGGAUUCCUCAAAUCUCAGGACUACAAUAUUCCAGACUAAUUUUUACAGUAACUUAGCUAUGUAAUAAUUGAUAAUCAUGUAUUCAUUAAGAUACUAUUUUACCUUAAUAUUUCUGAAUAAAACUUAUUGCCCAUUUAAUGUUUUCAUAGGCAAUCAUAUGUAAUACUGUUAUCAGUCUGACUUAUAAAAAUGUUUAUGUAGUUACAUUAUCCACUUUAGUCUUUCUGUUCUCAUUUUUCUCUGUGCUAACAAGUAACUAACGUCUGGACAUUGACAUCUUGUUGAAUCAAGGUUGGGUUAGAGAAUAGCUAAGCACACCUGAUGUGUAAAAUUAAAUAAGAAAUUAGACAAGAAAUCUUGGGUAAGUCUGACUUCUUUGUAUAGUUUUUAUUCCCCCUGAGAAUUCUAUCUUAAUGUAGCUUAUAAGUGAUAAAAUAAUUCCAUUUUUAAUAAAGCCAAGCCUUCCCUUCAGCUUUUUACACUAGUUUAUGUAAAUGUUUUUAGUGGAGAAUUUAAUGCUUGUACAGUCAAUGGCAAUUUUAAAAGUAUAUAUUAUAUAUGUAUAUGGAAAAAUGUUAAAGAUGCUUUUAAUUUAUUUAAUGACUGUUGCCUCCCUACAAUGGUAACAAUUUCUUCCUUAGAAGAGGAGAAAAGCUUCUUUUGACUUUGGGUGUCAGAUACAAAAUGAGAUUUGAUUCUUUUGUCAAAUCCACUUCAAGGGUAUAUCACAAUGAAACUGUGACGGGUUCUUCACCUCUGAUGUAUAAGCUUUGCUGAAUUUGUAUCAUUUCCCCAGUAAUGAAGAG